AUGGAUAUUUUUCAAAUUUUAGUCCUAGCAUUAUAUCUACCACAAGUAUUUACAAAAUCGAAAUCAAAGUCAAGGAAAUACAAAGCGUCGUCCUCAGAUGAGGACAGUAUAGAGAACCUGCUGUAUUAUAAGGAUUGUCAGCGUCAGGGUAAGCCGGAGACUACGACGACGGAACACGUACAGCUGAGGUACGAUCCUCCACCCCCUCCUCCUCCUCCGAGACAGCCUGAGUGCCCCUUCCCCAAGAUGUGUUGUGCCCUCACCUGCGGCAACGAGUGCGGGGGCAACCAGCCUUCAUACGGCAGCAGGCAGAUGGAGCCAAUGAACGGCUACCAACCCAUGCAGCCAAUGCAAUCCAUGCCGCAGCCUCACCAACCAGGAAUGGGAGCAGUACAACCUCAAAUAAUACGCAGAAAAAAGAAAAUGAAAUUCCCACCAGGCAAACUACCAGGUUCGUUACCAACCAGAAGAGAUAUGUCAGGGUUCACAAAAGAGAAGAUUAAAAGCUUGAUCGCUCAGGAUCAUGAUAUAAGGAAGAUAUUGAAGGACCUGGUGAGGGUCACGAUGCAGAAGGUGGAUCUGUUAGAUAUGAUUAAUUCGACCCCUGAGAAUGUUCCCAAGACUGAGGAUGAUGGCAAUGUGGUGUCUUCACCGGCACCGGUAGUUGCUAUGGAUGAAUAUGACGAAUAA